AUGUGGAUGCCCAAGACUAAACUUCAAUUGAACACCGCGGCGAUGGUCCAGGAUGUUGCACAGCCGCAACAGCAACACAAGCAGCAGCAGCAUGUGUUACCCUCGUUUCAUGCAUUUUGUAAAACAAUUGAACAAUCACCACCACCAACGCCUACACCAACCUCGGCAACAGCAACACCGUUUAGUAGCAGCAAUAGCAAUAACAAGAACCAUAUUCGAACCACAUCCAUGCCUGCUCGCUUGCCAAGCCAGACCGAACAAAAACAACGUCUGUCCCUCGAGGUGCUGUUGGACGCGAUCGAACUCGAUCAGUCAAUGUACGAAGCUUACCAAUUCGAAUGGUCAAAGACCAGCGCCAUGCGUGCUGCCCACCUUCAACGGAGUGCCAACCGCCGAAAACGGUCGAAAUCCGCCCCUGGUGUUCCUCGCUGGCGAACACCUUGCUCGACUCCAAAAAGUCGUAAUGCAAGCGUCCAGCAGAUCGCCGAGUCGAUUGUCCAAAAGCAUAUCGAGUGUGCUCGGAAGAAGUAG